CCCCGCACGUGUGGGAAGGCCGGGCACGGCUGGGGGCUCUCGGUCGGGAGGAGCGAGCCGGCUCUCGCCGCUGAGAGAGCCCCGCCGCUGAGCCCGCACCUCCAGCGCAGCCCUGCCCGCCGCCGCCAGGAGCCGCGGCCCGGCCCCAGCUCUCCAUCCACCAUGUUGCCCUGUGGACCAGCUUUGACCUUUGUUCGGUGCCUGGUACGGAAGAAGAAUGUUGGCGGUGAAAGCCUUGAGGACUCCAAGUUGUGCCGAUGCUUGUCGACGGUGGACCUUAUAGCACUGGGAGUAGGAAGUACCCUUGGUGCUGGUGUUUAUGUCCUUGCUGGAGAAGUAGCCAAAUCUGAUUCUGGACCUAGCAUUGUUGUUUCCUUCCUCAUUGCUGCCCUGGCGUCUGUGAUGGCAGGUCUCUGCUACGCCGAGUUUGGUGCUCGUGUUCCCAAGACUGGUUCUGCGUAUUUGUAUACUUACGUAACUGUUGGUGAGCUGUGGGCUUUUAUCACUGGUUGGAAUCUCAUUUUAUCCUAUAUUAUAGGUACAUCAAGUGUAGCAAGAGCCUGGAGUGGCACCUUUGAUGAACUUCUUGGAAAGCAGAUUGGUCAUUUCUUCAGAACCUACUUCAAAAUGAAUUACUCUGGACUGGCAGAGUAUCCUGACUUUUUUGCUGUAUUUCUUAUAUUGCUUCUAUCAGGUCUAUUAUCUUUUGGAGUAAAAGAAUCUGCAUGGGUGAAUAAAAUUUUCACUGCUAUUAACAUCUUGGUCCUACUCUUCGUUAUGAUUUCUGGUUUUGUGAAAGGAGACGCUGACAACUGGAAAAUAAGUGAAGAAUAUCUCAUAAACCUUACUGCAAUAACAGAGAAUUUUUCAUCCUAUGAGAAUGUGACCAGUAUAUAUGGGAGCGGUGGCUUUAUGCCAUAUGGUUUCACAGGAACAUUGGCUGGUGCUGCAACCUGUUUUUAUGCUUUUGUAGGAUUUGACUGCAUUGCAACAACUGGAGAAGAAGUCAAGAAUCCUCAGAAAGCCAUACCCAUAGGAAUUGUGGUGUCCUUGCUUGUCUGCUUCAUGGCCUAUUUUGGGGUUUCAGCUGCACUGACUCUUAUGAUGCCAUACUAUAUACUAGACGAGAAAAGUCCUCUGCCAGUAGCAUUUGCAUAUGUUGGAUGGGGUCCUGCAAAAUAUGUUGUAGCAGUGGGAUCCCUCUGUGCUUUGUCCACAAGUCUUCUUGGAUCCAUUUUCCCAAUGCCACGUGUAAUCUAUGCUAUGGCGAAGGAUGGGUUGCUUUUCAAAUGUCUAGCUCAAAUCAAUUCCAAAACGAAGACCCCACUAGUUGCUACUCUAUCGUCUGGUGCAGUAGCAGCUGUAAUGGCGUUUCUGUUUGACCUAAAGGCUUUAGUGGAUAUGAUGUCUAUUGGCACACUUCUUGCAUAUUCACUUGUGGCAACCUGUGUCCUCAUUCUUAGGUACCAACCCUGUUUAACCUAUGAGCAACCCAAAUAUUCUCCAGAAAAAGCAGCUUUGGCUGCAUCAGAAAGGGAAUCUGCAGUUAGUGAAUCACAGAUAAAUAUGAUACAAGAGAAUCACUUCAGUCUUCAGAGCCUGAUCAAUCCAUCCAGUUUACCUACAGAACAGACUGCAACUACUGUUAACUUUUUAGUGGGUCUGUUAGCUUUCUUGGUUUGUGGCUUGAGUGUUCUCACUACAUAUGGGACUCAUUUCAUUGCUAACUUGGAGCCCUGGAGUAUUGGCCUUCUUGCUGCGUUGGUGGUGUCCUUCAUAGUUACCAUUCUCCUCAUCCAAAGGCAGCCUCAGAACCAGCAGAAAGUGGCCUUUAUGGUUCCCCUAUUACCAUUUUUACCAUCAUUCAGUAUCCUGGUAAAUAUUUACCUGAUGGUACAAUUAAGCAGAGACACUUGGAUCAGAUUUAGCUUCUGGAUGGCACUUGGCUUCUUCAUUUAUUUUGCUUACGGUAUUAGGCACAGUAUUGAAGGUCAUCGCAGUGAUAGAGAUGAAGAUUCUUGCUCAGAAAAUAGUGGGUUGCAAGAAAAGAACCCUGUGGAAGAAGUGGAUGAACCUGAAAAUACAAACGAAAGUGAUCAGUUUCUUGCACAUGAGAGGACAAGUGAAUGUUAAUCUAUGCAAAUAUACAAGUCUUUUAAACCUUUAAUUGACAUUUUACUUGCGAACUGAAAUUUCAAAAGCUUUCUACCAACAUUGUGCUUCUUGAAAGUGUUUACUACAAGGCCUGGCUGAUACUUUGGACAAGCUGCUAAACCAUCUUCAUCAUUUCAGAACUGACAGCAUGGAGAUUAAUAUUUAAAUAAUAAAAAAAAGUACCCUUUGGCAAGCAAAAAUAUGGAUGGAUUGUUUGAGCAUCCAUCAUGAACAUCCAUGAUCACUGGCAAUCACAAAAUAUGAAGGACUUUAGAACUGCCUACAAGACGUUCUGAAUAUUUUACACUGCAUUGUGAACACAAGUGCCUUUCAUAUGUCCUCCUUAUCUCUGUUACAUGUUCUGGUCACAAUUGAAUAGUAUCUCAAAUAACAAAGCAGCUAACUCACUGACUACUGAAAUACCAAGUACUAUCUUUUUUCUACAGAAGUAACUCUCAUGGGAGAUAAAUAGAAGAUAAGCCUGGAAAAUAUUUUGAAAACAAAUGGUAAAUGUACAGAUCUGAUAUUUGGCAAAAAAUAGAGGAUCACAUUUAUAUAAGAAUAGUAGAGAAAUAAUUGCUUAGCCUUACUAAUUAGUAAGCAUGGUGAAUGCAAACAGAGAAAAUUCUUUAAAGGCUUUUGGUCCUUCUAAAUGCUAUUCAAGAUUUCUACUUCUAGGUUACAUGAGUUCCUUUCACUUCAGAGAUACUGUGUAUAUAAAAUACUUCCAAGAGUUAUGUUGUUUUCUGCAAAACCAUCGGGGAAAUAAUCUGUUUGUUACAAUAUUGACAUUUGUGUAUGAUUUAGCAAGUAUUCUGCUGUUGUUUUCAGAAGGGAUGGGAUUUUAUCCCUGACUAUGUAAUUGCAUACUUUCAUUCAGCACUACUCAUUUAUUCCCCCUAUACUUCCUUCUCCUUUAUCCUGUGACAGAGUUGAUACUUCUGAGAUUAGUUGUUACACAUUGCUUCUCUACAGAAAAAUUUAUGCACAAAAUCCUUCCCUUCUUUCAGAUACAAGGGGAGGUGAAAAAAACUGAGGCCCAGGCUUUGGAAAGAAUCCUCUUCAAAGCAAUAUUUCAGUUCUUAACUAAGCCAUAAACAUAUGUUAGCACAUCAGGUUUUUGUGAGCCAAGCCUAUAUCCACAAAUGCAUUCAUGUGGGUAGGAUGUCCAAAUGCAGAUUUAUGGAAAGAACCGAAUUGUUGCAGCAGUGCUGGGUUAAACUAAAGCUAGUGAAAAUGAACUCUGUUCUUUCAGCAUAAAAGUCAUACUACCUAUCAAAGGCACCCAAACAUUUUAAUGCUAUUUUUCAGCAAAUAGUAGGAUUCCAUGAUGCGGAGUUAUUUUGCUAGAAGGCAUUUAUAGAAAUAACUUCCUUAAAGUAAGAAAGAAUUGUGUUGAACUUCGUCAUGGAGCAUUGCAAUCUGAAGCAUAAUAUUGCCAGUAAUAAUCAUUGGUAUUAAUCUCUGUUGUUAUGUAUAAAAUCCUAUAUCCUGUGAGAGUGAUGUUGGUUGACACUGAAAAGCACCUUACUUUUUAUAAUAGCUGGAAUUUUACCAAAAAAAAAAAAAA